AUGGAGAAACCUGUUGAUCACCACAGCGAAAACAAGGCUAUCAGCUCUGUCAUAGACGAUGUCCCUCCCAAAAUCGAGCAGGCACAAAUAGCUGCUGCAGAGGAACACAAUCUCUCAGUAUGGGGUGCCUUGACCCAGAACAAGAAAGUUGUCUUUUGGUGUAUCUUCUUUGCUUUCAGUGCCAUUGGCUGGGGCUUCGAUGCACAAGUUAAUGGUGGCAUGGUUGGGGUGCCCCAAUUUCGACGAACUUUCGGUUACAUUUCUGAAGAUGGACCAGUCAUUCCUGCUAGUUGGCUGGCUGGGUUCAACAGUAUUUCAAGCGUUGGUCAGUUCUUUGGAGGCUUCGCCUGUUCCUGGGUGUCGGAUAGAAUCGGCAGGAAAGGCUCCCUCCUCGUAGGGCUGGUUGUUGUCACCGGCGGAAUCUUUGGUGAACUCUUCGCGACCUCUCGCCCAGCUUUCUUGAUUGGAAAACUCAUCCUCGGUAUCGGACUGGGAUUCUAUUUAACCAUUGGCCCACUUUACUGUUCUGAAGUGGCUCCAGUUGUCAUUCGUGGUAUGGUAACUGGUGGCAUCAACUUUGCAAUCGUCAUUGGCCAGCUGUUGUCAAAUGCGGUUAUCAAGGGGUUUGGAGGUCGUGAGGACAACUGGGCCUUCCGAGGACCCUUUGCUGUGCAAUUCCUCUUCGUUGCAAUCCUGGCCGUUGGGCUUCCAUUCGCCCCAGAAUCACCAUGGCAUUACGUUCGCCAGAACCGCAUUGAAGAUGCGAAGCUCAGUCUUGAACGCUUGCAUGGCAAAGAUGUUGACGUUGGCCCCAGACUGGCUAUGAUUAUCAGGACCAUCGAAGAAGACAGCGAAUUAUCACGAUCAGGAAAUUGGAUUCAGUGUUUCCGUGGCACCAACCUCAUCCGCACAACGAUUUCGGUCGGAGUGUUCGCCUGCCAGCAUCUCUCAGGCAUCGUCUUCGCGCUCGGCUUUUCGACGUACUUUUUCGAACUCGCUGGCAUUCCACUGAACCACGCUUUUGAUCUCGGCGUUGGAGUUACGGCAUGUGGAGUUGUUGGUGUCGUGAUCUCUUGGAGUGUGAUAAACACUGUGGGACGUCGAAAGCUGUUCGUUUGGGGUAUGAUUGGCAUGACGAUCGUGAUGGUUCUGAUGGGGAUACUGGACGUCGUCCAUACAUCAGCAGCUCGUUGGGUUCAGGCAUCGUGCACGGUAGUGUAUGCGCUGAUUUACCAGAUUACCAUUGGAGUAAUUGCAUUCGCACUUCUUGGAGAAGUCUCGACCCCAGCUCUCAGAGCUAAAACCAUCGGUCUUGCUACGGCUUGUCAAGCCGUCUUCGGCACGUUGAUGAACAUCGUGGUGCCAUACAUGGUCAACCCUGACAAAGCGAACCUCAGAGGAAAGGUCGGCUUCGUCUUUGGCGGUGCCUCGCUUCUCGGCACGAUCUGGAGCUAUUUCUACAUCCCGGAGCUGAAAGACAGAACCUUUCAAGAGAUUGACUAUCUUUUCCACCACAGAGUGCCUCCCAGGAAGAUGGGGAAAUUGAAUAUCGACGAUAUUACGGAUAGUGCCUGA